AUGGGUUUGUCCUUUGGGAAGCUCUUCGCGAGAUUCUUUGGGAAACGGGACAUGCGUAUUCUAAUGGUCGGUCUAGAUGCCGCUGGUAAAACGACCAUUUUGUACAAGCUGAAGCUGGGAGAGAUCGUGACCACUAUUCCAACCAUUGGUUUCAAUGUCGAAACUGUGGAAUACAAGAACAUCAGCUUCACUGUGUGGGAUGUGGGAGGUCAAGACAAGAUCCGUCCCCUUUGGAGGCAUUACUUCCAGAACACGCAAGGUCUGAUUUUCGUUGUCGACAGCAACGAUAGGGAUCGUGUGAUGGAAGCCAGGGAUGAGCUGCACAGAAUGCUCAACGAGGACGAAUUGCGAGACGCGGUGCUGCUUGUGUUCGCUAACAAGCAGGAUCUUCCGAAUGCCAUGAACGCUGCAGAGAUUACUGAUAAGCUUGGUCUUCAUUCAUUGCGCCAGCGUCAAUGGUACAUCCAGAGUACUUGCGCUACCUCAGGAGAAGGUCUCUAUGAGGGUCUCGACUGGCUGUCCAACAACAUCCAGUCAAAGGACUAA